AUUACGUGUAGCUCACCGACUAGCAGCAGCAGCAGCUAGCUUGUCAGACGAGACAGUACCCAGCGAGUUCACGUCGACUGCCACAACCAUAGCUGUUCUUUAACUGUAUGUAGAGAAAAGGCGAAUGUACAGUCACCGAGCACCUAACAACUCCACGAACUGAUAUUUUAUCCAAGUUAAUACGAUGUAGCAGAAUGGAAUCACCAGUACAGACUUGUUUUGAGUGGAACUGCAGAAGGAAGUGGCUCUGUUGCAGCCCUCGGAACCAGGAGCCGUAAAACUCCAUGCAUCACGCAGGGUUACUUACUCUCAAGAAACUGGAAGUUGCACUCUAAACGAGACACUGAAAGGACAGUAAUGUUCGCCAAGUUGAAGAAGAAGAUCGCAGAAGAGGCGGCCACAGCACCUCGCAGUGGUGUCCGUAUACCACGUACGAUCAGCAAGGAAUCCAUCACCUCAGUGGGGGCCGACUCAGGGGAUGACUUUGCGUCUGAUGGCAGCAGUUCCAGGGACGACCUGCCCGCCCAGCUCCUCAGAAGGAAUGAUCAGAUCCGGAAGCUGGAGGCCAAGCUGUCGGACUACGCUGAGCAGCUACGAAUUAUGCAGAAGACCAAGGACAAGCUUGAAAUUGCAUUAGAAAAGCAUCAGGAUUCAUCCAUAAAGAAACUUCAAGACCAGAAUGAGUCUCACCAGGCCAGCAGAACCAAAAUGGCAGAGGGGAUGGCUUUAGCACUGGAGAAGAAGGAUCAGGAAUGCGUGGAGAAGAUGGCUGUUGUGGAAAAGGAGAAGGCUGCCCUGUCAGCCCGGCUAGAGGAGAUGAUGGAGCAAAGCUUAGCACUCUUCCAGAAAAGGGAUGACCUGGAUGAACUGGAGGGCUUUCAGCAGCAGGAGCUGGCUAAAGUUAAACACAUGUUGCUGAAGAAGGAGGAGCUGCUGAGCCAGCAGGAUCGGGAGCUCCAGCAGAAGGAAGCUGAAGUUCAGUCGGCAAAGCGAGGAUUGUCGGAGACUCGGGGGAAACUCCAGGCACUGCAACGGCAACACGAGGAGAGCUGCAGGCUCAACUCUGAGUUUGAAAUAGAGCGAGAGGAGCUGCUGCUGCUCAGAGAGGAGGCAGACAAGAAGAUCAGUGAGCUGGAGGGACAAUGCCAAGAGCUGCAGUUAGUCAUCCAGCAGGUCUCUGAAGACUUCCAGAAAUCACAGGGUAUGGUGUCAACAUUAGAGAGGUCCCUCCAGGAAUUACAGACUGAACAUGAAGCCCUGAAGUUGCAACAACAAAAGGCUGCUGUAACGGAGGAGGACAAGGAGCGCUUGUUAACGGACCUUCAGAAGAAAGUUGCGUCUCUGGAGAGACGGCUGCAGGGGAACCUGAGCCAGGACGAACACCUACAGGAGCUUCUCCAGGAGAAGUCCAGCCUGGAGCAAAGUCUGGAAGAGACCAGAGCAGAGCUGCUGGCGGUUCGGACUAACCAUGCUGAUACUGUUUGCUCUCUGGAGGCACAGGUAUCUAGAAUGAGCUGCAGCAUUACUGAGCUGCAGACCCUCCUCCGGCACAAAGAGGACUCCUCCAGAGCUUACAGAGAGAGAACAGACACACAAAUAGCUAAUCUGGAGCAGCAGGUCCUAGACAGCAGUGAGAGACUGAAGAAUGCAGAGCAGCAGAUCACAGAGAAACAGCAGCACAUGGAUAAACUGCAAGGAGAGUGGAGUGCAGAGAAGGCGUUUCUGGACCAACAAUUGUGCUUGUUAGAACAGCAGAGUCAGGAAAAGGCCAGCCGGCUGGAGGAAAGCAUCAGUUCUCUACAGACAGAAAGACAGAUGCUGCAGGACAGGGGGGCUGAUCUGGACAGGCAGAAGAGUGAGGCAGACUCUUCUCUGAAGCAGCGGACAGAGGAGCUGGAGCUGUGCAGAGUGGAGCUAAACAGCCGGCAGACAGUGAGCACGGAAAUAGCCAAAGCUCUAGAAGAAACCAGGCACCAGAAGGAGGAGCUGCAAACACAGGUUGGAGAGCUCACCACAUCUCUACAGAGCUCACAGCAGGAAGUAUCCACUGUCACUGAGAAACUAGCACUGAGAGAGGAAGACAUCAAAACACUACAGAAUGAGGUGCAGUUUCGGCAGGCCUCACUGAUCCAGCUGCAGGAGGAGGUGGAGCGGCAGCGGGCCCAGAUGGAGCAGAUGGAGCUGGACAAAGACUCCCAGCUGGCCAGCCUGAGGGAGGAGCUGCUUAGCCAGACUCAGCAGCUGGAUAGUUGCCAGACGCGGAUCUCGUACCUGGAGGUGGAGGUGGAGACCCUGACAGAACAGCUUCACAGCCCUGAAGUGUGUGAGGAGGAUCAGAACGGCAGUGUGACAGUGGAUGACCUGGAUCACAUUCAGAAGGUCAACAGAGAGCUGGAGCAGCAGCUCAGCGACAAAAACAGGACCAUCAAGCAGCUGCAACAGAGACUGGCAGAACUGAAGCGGACGCUGCAGAAGGAACUGAAGCUAAAGCCUGAGCCAGAAGCUGAAGGGAAGGAAAGGUUGCCAGAAAGCCGAGCAGAGAAACAAGAGAGGCUUUGCCCAGACCCGCCGCCAGCAUCCACCCCAAGCCCCCCGACCUCCAACACCACGGUGACCAACACCUCAGACCUCAACGAUUCACGAGAAAUCAACUUUGAGUAUCUUAAACAUGUCGUCCUCAAGUUUAUGUCAUCCAGAGAGGCUGAGGCAUACCAGCUAAUACGAGCUGUAUCUGUGCUGCUCAACUUCACUCGCGAGGAAGAGGACAUGUUGAAACAAACUCUGGAGUACAAGAUGUCCUGGUUUGGAUCCAAGCCUUCUCCAAAGGGUACCAUCCGGCCUUCAGUCUCAGGCACAUCGACUCACUGGAGCUGAUGAACAGCAGAAGCGAUGGAGAGAAAGGAAGUAAAGGACCACCUCCUUGAGGAAGAAGUCCUUUUUCUGUGGCUCCCAUCACUGAGCAGACUCAAGGUUUAAACUUUGAACAGCCGCCCAGAGUAUUCUCUGGCUCUGUGUGGGAAGGACUGUUGUUUUCUGCUCUGCGGGGACAGAGAAGAGCUGCACAGUAUGUUUGCGUGAUAAAGGCCUAUUCAUAAUCAGUUGUUCAUUUUAAAAUGGCAUUAUUUUCUUGUCAGUGGUUAAGGCAGAUGGACCUUUGACCAAACAUUAUAGAGGAUAAGGGACAGACACAUCAUUCACACUGCAGUUGAUUUUUUCCCCCUGACGUAUGACAUCGAUCUUUCUAGUCCAUGAAAACAGAAGAAGAGUUAGCAUGUUAAAAAAAAUGAGACAAAACAUCAGAAAGAAGUAACAGACUGACUUGACUGUUAUUUUAGGAACUGCCUCAUCAGUCCAUGUGUUUUUGUUGAAACAGUGUGACUUGUUGUGACUGCCUUCACUGGACAAACUGUCAGGCCUCUGAUUGCUGAAGGACCUUUUAGCCUGUCACUUUGUUAAUCUUUCAUUUUAAAUCAGAGGGCUUCUUAAUGAAAAUGUGUCAUUUAACGGCCUGUACAGGAUACUGCAGCUGACCUGGAUUCAGUAUCAGUGAGAAUUUAUUUAAUAGUACCUGCCAAGUGGACAUAAAUGGUUCACAUUUGUGUCAAAGGAUCUAAAUUAGUCUACAUGGAGAGUUUGAAGCCAUUUUUCUGAAUCCUCAAAAUAUCAUCAAUAAUUUUCUUAACUGGAAUAGCAGUAAAUUUGUUCUCUUUAUUAUCUGUUGAAAGAAUCGUGAAAGUUGAUGUUUUCCAGGGUGGAGAAUCCAGGCUGGGAUUUCUGUCAAAUAGAUUUUUUUGAGAAAUGAGAACAUUUUACCAUUUGUAACUGAUGAUUAAUGAUUACUGAAAGUCAUGAUUAACUGAGUUGAAAUUGAAAUCAUCAAAGGUAGGCUGGGGAUGUACCUUAAUGAAACUUCACUGCUCUCAUUUCUCUUUACAAUGACAUUUGUCAUUUCUUCUCACUAUAACAUUGAAAUCACCAUUAUAAGAUGGUCUGAGCUAGAGCCAGGCUGGUACUGAUUUUAAAGGCCAGUACCAAUAUUGCAGUAUAUUAAAUACAGAGUAACAAUAUGUUUGCUUUUUUUUUUUUUUUUUUUUUUUUACAUAUAAAUGAGAUAAAGAUCCCUGAAAUUUGGUUAAUACAACAGUGGGACCAACUGAGAGAACAUGUCACAGUGUAAAAAUAGACUUGUGCUCUCUGGUUGACAGACUGUGUAAUGGUGACACUGUUCUGUUUCUAAACAUGCAUAUUUGGCAUUUCUGUACUGCAGUUUCUACCUAUCAGCCAACAUAAACGUACAUACUGAUAUCGGCUGAGCUGUAGUUCAACAGCUUAUUUAAAUCUAUCAAAACCGAACUGCUUGGCCAUGACUGUUAUUUUUACCAAGAGUUUAAAAUCCUCCCUUUGACAUCUGGAUUGGCAGACUCCAAAAAAUGUCACGGUCAAAAAUAAGUCUUUUCUCAGUUGCUGCUACUGAAGGAAAAAUGUCUGCCACUGCACACACUGGUUGUUUUAGGUCCUUUAACGCCAAUAUGAAUCAUUUACACUCUGGAUAAUAACAAUGUGAUGAAAUAGGUGAAUGCUAUGUAAAAGAUGACUGGAGGAUGUGCUCUACCUUUACCUGCCUUUGUUAAUGUAAAUGAAAGUACAUUCCACAUGUCUAUUUAUAUAUAGAAAUAUGUACAUACUGUAUGCAUUGAGAACUUUAUAAAUCAGUGGAUGUAAAUGGUUUGAUUUGACCAGUUCACAGUAUUUAUCAUCAUCAUCAUAGACCAUAAUCCAUACAUGUUUCUGCCUUGGCUUGUCACUCAGUCCCACUGUCCUUCUUCCUCAGUGUGAUAUCAGUCACAACAUGAUGAGGUUUAUGUUUUUACAUCAGUUGGAAGCCCAGGGAAUCUGCAUGCCUGCUGUUAAACUGCACGGUUGAAUCCCUAAAGCCCUAAAGUCUUUUAAAGUGCUAGUCAUUUUCUAAAAGGCCAAGGGAUUCUGCAGUCAUUCCAGUAGUAUGCACACAAUAUGAAGCAGAAACACACCCGGGUGCUAUCUGCAUAAGAUUAUCAUUUACAGAAAAGACAUUUGAAGUUGUUUCUGCUCACAUUAUUUGUAUAUUGGGUGCAGGGGUCUCGUAUUACUAAUGUCAACCAGCCGACAGAUGUAGUCACCCACACUGCUGAGUAAUAUGUCUCCAUGAUAAUCAAAGGAAAUAAUGAAUGCACUUUUUAUCCUGAUUUAUUCUGCUGUUAAACCCUGAAUCACAACUGUACAAUCACUACAGCUUUUCUUUCUUUUGCUUUUUAUGAUUUAACAAUUGCUGCCACUACAAAGGUUUUCCUUUCCCCACAUUUAUUAAUAAUAAAUCUGAAAUGAUGAGAUCACA